ACCUUAUCCAUAUGCAUGCACCUAAAUAACCAAAAGAGUGUCAAAAGAAAACAUCCACAGUAAUAAUAAGUAAACAUGAAGAGCAAGAGCUCAGCUAUUGCUAUUCUUAUUUUCUCCCUUAGCCUCCUCCUUUCAUUUUCCUUGAUUUCGAGUUGCGGCGUUUGUGGGCAGCCUCACACCCCAAAUGUACCAGUUGUUAAUAACCCAAACUACCCAACACCAACAAUAGGGAGUGGUAAUACUGAUAGUGGUCGUCGUCACUGCCCUAGGGAUGCCUUAAAACUUGGCAUAUGUGCCAAAGUUUUGGAUGGUCCUGUCAAUGCUGUGGUUGGUACACCACCAACUCUACCUUGUUGUAGUAUCAUUCAUGGCCUUCUUGAUUUAGAAGCUGCUGUUUGUUUAUGCACUGCCAUUAAGGCUAAUAUCCUUGGGAUUAACCUUAAUAUUCCUAUUGUUCUUAACCUUCUAAUCAACGCUUGUGGCAAGUCUACUCCAUCUGAUUUCCUUUGCGGUUAACUCUAAUCACAUACGAGUAAUGAUAAAUCAAUCUCCGAUAGUGGAUCAAAUUAUCCACUAUUUUUCGGAUUUGAUAAAUUUCUCAAUUAAAAGUUGGAUAAGAUUCAAUUUUUAACUAAUGAUUCGUAUUCUCGCCUAAGAGUGGAUCAUAUUAAAGAUUAAUCGCAUUCUUUGUCCUUUCUAAUUCUCACUUUUGUUAUAUUUGUAUUGUGGUGUUUUGUCUUAAGUCAUUUUUAACUUUGAUUCGGUUGUGUACUAAUUCUCAGUUGUAACUCGGUAAGUUUUAGUUUCCUCCUAUCGAUGUAAGCAUAUUAGUCUGUUUUUAUGCUUGCUUAGUGGCAAAUGUACCCAUGUAAGCUUUAUCACAUGCAGUAAAACUUAGUUGGUUUUGUUUAA